AUGGUGCGACUCCAGAACCCUUUCAAGUUGGGCAGGGACCUGUGGGAUCCGUCUCACAGGUACGAGACGUCCUGGUUGCUCCCGCCGUAUGCCUUGUGCACGUGUCGUGCCAUCUUUGGCCUGUACGGCAUCUUCGUCGAGCUCUUCGUGUCGGGCUGGUACUGCACGCACCCGGCCUACGGCGGCUGCGAGCAAGCCGGCGACAGCUUCUCCUACUUCACCGUGCUGACCUACUGGGGGCUGGCCUUCUACAACCUCACGGCGGCGGUGCACACCUUCACGUACGCGCGGACGGGCACGCCGCUGCUGGACCGGUUCCCCCGCUCCCUGCAGGCGCUGCACGCCUUCUAUUACACGACGGUGACGACGUACCCUUUCAUCGUGACCGCCGUCUACUGGGGCGUCAUCUUCCCUGGAGUGUGGUUCACCGACGAGUUCUCCGGGUGGAGCAACAUGUCGCAGCACGCGCUCAACAGCGCCUUCGCCCUCUUCGAGAUCGUGGUCCCGCGCACGCCGCUGCCGCCCUGGAUCCACGCGCUGUGGCUCAUCGUCGUGCUGGCCCUGUACCUCGCCCUCGCGUACGUCACCCACGCCACCAAGGGGUUCUACACCUACACCUUCCUCGACAUCGAGAAGCAGGGCUCCGCCAUCACCGCCGCCUGGAUCAUCGCCAUCGCUGUUGCGGCUGUUGUCAUCUACCUGCUCGUCCGCGGUCUGCUGUGGCUCCGCCUGUGGCUCACCGAGAAGAAGGCCGGCAUGGACGGCCGCUUCGCCGGCCAGCCCGCCGCCCUGCGGAGUACCGCCGACGUCGAGCUCGGGAGCUACAGGAAUGAUGUUCCGGAGACUAAGGCGAUCAGUCCGCAUCAUUAUUAG